AUGAUGCAACUAGGACAAGCGGCUACGGCCAUCACCAAAGGUCUCGCCAAAAAGACACACCCCCUCACUGCCAAAUGGACUCGCAUUGACGCCCCUCCUCUCCCUCGCUCAUCACAUACUCUCUCCGUCAUUGCUGGACGAGGCUAUAUCUUUGGUGGCGAAAUAAAUCCCCGGGAACCAGUGGAUAAUGAUAUGCAUACUAUCACGUUGCCUUCCGGGACCGUCACCUCGGCUGACUAUCGAGCUAUCCCAGCCAAGCCAGAGCUCCCUGGUGGAAAGAUCCCAGAGAAGAGAGUAGGCCAUACCGCAGCUGUUAUCGGCGAGCGAAUCUUCAUAUUUGGUGGUAGAGGUGGAAAAGAUAUGAAGCCACUCGAGGAAAAUGGUCGGGUUUGGAUCUAUAACACGAGAGUCGAUGCCUGGACCUAUCUUGAUCCUCUCCCAAAUACCCCAUUUCCAGAAGCAAGAUCCUACCAUUCGAGCGUUGCAAUCGAGAAGCCACAACCAGGUAACAUGAAAAGUGUGAAAAUAGACAACGCCACCGAGUCACCAGCACCAGGCAGCAUCGCGGAAUCAGCACAAACAGACGAGCAAGAAGGUGGCUACGGAACUCUAUUCAUCCAUGCAGGAUGUCCAAAUUCUGGACGAACAAAUGACUUGUGGGGAUUUGAUGUACGAAGCCGAACGUGGAAAGAAUUUCCAGCUGGUCCUGGCAAGCCAAGAGGUGGCACCGCCCUUGCAGUCUCAAAGCAAAGAAUUUAUCGAUAUGGUGGAUUCAACGGUGACGACGAAGAAGGCGGAGAAUUGAGCUUUUUGGAAUUAGGUUUGGAUCAAUUCAACAAUAUAGGCGGCUCAGAAGAGGCGGCUGUGGUUGCCAAAGGAUCAUGGCACACAUUAAAUUUCAAAGAAGAGAGCAUGCAAUGCCCUGGAGAGAGAAGUGUAGCUGGUCUACAAACAAUCACAACCGGAAUGGGUAGAGAAUACCUAAUUCUGCUAAUGGGAGAGAGAGAUCCAAGCAGUCAAGGUCAUGACGGAGCUGGCAAGUUCUGGGACGACAUCUGGGCUUUUCAGUGUCCACCUCAAGGCAUGACCGGAGCGAGCUUUAAAGAUGCAACAUGGCAGGCUCUUGGAAGAGAGACUGGCGAAGGUCUUUGGAGUCAGGUCGCUGUGUCUGAUGCGGAAGGUGUUGAGGGAGAAGACAUUCAUAACUUGGUACCGGGAGCAAGAGGCUGGUUCCCUAGCUCAUCUUUGGGUGAUAUCGAUGUCACAAGCGUCAUGCUCUGGGGAGGACUAAAUAUCAAAAACGAGAGAGAGAAUAACGGUUGGAUUUUGACCUUUGUAUGA